GGGGUGGGCAGUAUGGCGAUAUUUCAUCCAUAACAUGAUGAGUUAGGUCACAAUAUGCUUUUCUGAGCAUAUCAUGGAUAUCGUCAGUACUUACAGAACACUGACUAGCUACAUGUUUCUUUACAAAGUAUGCAUAAUUAAGCCUGUUUAAUUGGAUUUAAUGCAGUUCAUCAUCAUUGUAGUUGAAGAUUUAUUACUAUUAUAUUAUUAUAUCGUUAUAUGUGCACAAAAGGUUCUGUUUUGUCAGUUCCAACUUAUUAAAUCUUAGAAAAACUGAAUAUCGUGAUGCAUAUUGCUUAUCGCAAAAAUGUCUUCAUAGUGAUGGUGAUAUAAUAUUUUUGUCAAUAUAUAGACAUCAUAUUGAACUGAAUAAAUGAAUAUUGUGACUACUAUAUGAGGCUGUCUGAGAGAGAAUGAAACAGACAUAAAGAGAGAGCAUGAAGUUUUCAGUGCUAGUUUAUAAUGUGACCUAAAUCGGCUCUCAUAUAUCGACUGCCCAUCGAUUGUCCCCUGUUAUGCCUUUGUUUUUUUCAGCACCAGUAUGGGGCGAGCUAUUCAGGGCUGUUUCAUUUAUCUUGUCUAUUAAAGCACAUGCAGUAUUGUGCCGGUCCAAACACGGCAGACUUUUCGUCCCAGCGUUAAGAGCAGAGAUAGAGAUAAAGCUCUGGGUACUGGCAGUCCUUCUGCUCGCUGUGAUGAGGCGUGAUGAUCGUGUCCAGCUCAGUUAUAAAUAGCUGAGGGACGGAACUGCAGUGGGAAGCUCACGAGUCCACCUUAAAACACACACACCCCCACACGCACACGGACAAACGGGAGAAGGGGCGUGCCUUAUGGCUCCGGUGAGCGGCAGUAGCUGGGAAUUCCGUCUCUGACGUCAAGGAGGGCGGACCCAGGAGUGUGUGUGCGUGUCUGUGUCGUUGUGUUAAGAGCUUAGCGCUGUUUCCCCUUUAAAAACGCAACCCGAUCCUCCGGCUCUGUGAGCGAGAAGCUAGAAGCGUAGUCGGUAGCGAGAGAGCAAGCAGACGUCAACAUUACAAAGAAAAGUCCACUUUUCCACGCCCUCCGUCACCCGAGCGGAAAAACUACUGAAGGCUAGCCGAGAUCGAGUCGAGGAGCUUUGUGGGGCCGAAGAAGGACGAGCUUUACUUGUAUGAGGACGAGUGUAACAGCAGAGUGAUCAAGGCCUGCCUACUUCAACAAAAUGAUUGGCUGCCAGAACUAAAGCCAACAGUCGUGGUCAUUACCAGGAGCAGACGCUAGAUGUUCAAUUGAAAGUUCUCAGGAGCAGCGGUAGACAAGUUCUCCUCAGUGUCUGUGUGUGGCCCUCUCUCUGCUGCAGUGGAGGGCUUCACGCACACAGCUAGUGUGGCUGGAUGCAUCACACAGCAGAGCAGUUUGGCGCGCGCAGCACACGGGACCCUUUCCAUCUAGACGGAAUCAACCGUGGAACAUGGGCUCCCGUGAGCGGCCGUGCUUGGCCUCCUCCCCCCAGGUGCUCACCUGGUGUCAGUCAAACCCAGUUCCUCCCAAACAUCCCACCCAGUCACAUGGCAGGGCUGAACCAUCCAAGUAAAUUCUUCAACAGUGGUCCACUGGCACGUGGAGGGGAUAAGCUGGAACCGUCUCAGGCCUUGUUGCCAGGAUUACAUCGGGACCCGCGGGCACCACCAGCCACACCCAGGCCAUGGGAGUCCAUUGGUCAGCAUUAUGAUCAGUUGCCCAGUGAUGACCAUUUCCGUUUACACAACGGAUACAACACUGGACCACUUGCACACCUCACCGCCCGAGCCAACCAACUAUUGAAGUAUGGUCCCCUUCCUGCACAUCAUGGCUCCAGGCAAAUGCCUCCUCUUUGUAAUGAUAUGUGGGCACAGUCCCAGCAGCAGCAGCAACCACCACCACCUAGGGACCCUUACUCUCAUGCUAGCCAGUUAAAGCGGUCGGCGCCUCCAUUGGGAGAGCAGUCUGUCAUUCAGCACACCCCCCAUCCUCUGAACAGGCCUAGUGAGGAUUGCCCUAGCCCGAGCAAGAGGAAGAGGAGCUCAGAAUCUGAUCAGCAUAUGACUGGUGCCUAUCAGUUCUCUGGACCAAUUGGAGCUUCCUUGUCCUCGCUGCAGCAGCCUCAGUCCCACUGUCCCCCACCGAAACAGGGAUUCUGGAACCCUUUGCAAAAGGGAAAUGCAUCCUGGGGCCCAGCUGAACGGAAGGUGGAAUCCACAGAGUUUCAGGACUUGCGCAAACCAGGAAUGGAUGACUUCAGUUACAAACACUCCCCAUCCUCCAAACUCUCACCUAUCUCUCCACCUCCCAUUUCCGCCCCUGGGGGUUAUGGACAAGGCCGAGGUCCUCCAACCCAGCGCCACAAGCCUUCUCUGUCACCACAGUCUAUGGGGUCCUCUUCUAACAGUGCCCACCUCAAUGGCCGAACAUACCCCUACCCCAACAACAAACCUUCAGCUCAGACUCAGGGGGAGCAACAGGGCAUUCCCUCCCACAGAGCGCAUGAUUCUGGGGUGAGCUCCACUGGCAGCCAAGCACCCCCUCUACGACCUUCACUAACCCAGUCCAACAGGGAUUGCCCUGCCCCCACACCAGCACACCAUGCCACCGUGCCUUACAGCCACCCCAACUUCCAGCCCCAUCCAGGGCUGGUCCACACCACCAGCUCCUCUUCCAGCAGCAGGACACAGGCCACAGCACCUCAAUGUAACUCUCAGAAGCCCUGGAAGAACCAGACCAAACAUGGUCAUCAUAGCCCAGAUUCAGGUCCCUACCGCCCACCGGUGGAGCCUCAGGUCACCUCUUCAUCUCUACAGCAACAGCAGAAUGGGACUGGGGAGAACCAAGAUGCAAGUACUCCCCAACACUUAAGUUCCCCUCAGGCUCUGACUCGAGCCCCAGUUAUCACCCCCAACAUGCCCUCCCUAGAACCUUCAAGUCCUACUUGCUCACUGGGCCUGUAUAGUAGUGGGGAAUCUGUCCCAACCAUGAGUUCAUUGUCCUCUACUAACUCUGCUGCAGCCAGCACCGUGAACAGCUGGAAAGCCACAGACUCUUCGGAGCUAAUCUCAGAAACCAAUCCAGCUCCAUCGGCACAAAGUCUCCCACAUCAGGGCUACCAGGGAUCCCAGUCCCAGGGAACCCACCCCCACCACCAACAAGAGGCCAAAACUCGGCAUAAGCCACCGCCUUUACCCCACCAAGAUCAGGGCAGACCCCACUAUACCCAGAUAGUUUCCUCGUUUCCUUCUACUCUCAGCUCAGGGUUUCAGAGAUCAGGAAGUAGUGUCAUCACCAGCAGGGCCUCAAAUAACCUCCCGCAGGUUGCCAGUUCACCCCUUCACCACCCACAGUCUGCAGCACCCAACACUGUGAACACAGCUCCUCAGCCACACUCGGAUCCUUUGUACCCCAAGAUGCCUCACCAUGCAGUCCCUGCAGUGUCUCAGGUGCCCCCUGCCCAGGCAUAUCAAAAGCCAUGCCAGCAUCCUGCCAUUUCCAGCCCAGAUUCUAUUGAAGAUGCACUGAAAAAACUUAAUGCUGAGCUGCAGGACCACAUGCAAGCUGAAGAGCGAAGGAGAGAACAGGAGGAAGAGGAGAGAAAACAGAAGAGGGAGAGAAAGGAAGUAAGCAUGAAGGUACAUGAGGAGUCUGCAAUUGAGAGCCUGGAGCGGUUGCUGUCAAAUAGUGCUACUGAUCCACCACCUCCACACCUGUCUCCAGCAAUUGCAUCUUCCUCAGUGUCACCGCCGAUCCAGGCAUCGCCUCCCUGGCUGAGCCGGGGUGGUGUUCCCACUCGUCCACCUGUGCCUGGCACAGCUCCCCCAGAAAGGUCUCGACCACCUCCUCUCACACCUCAAACAGACUAUGCCCGUGAGAAGCAAAGGCAGAGAGAGCAGUGGAACAGCAAAGCAUCAGUCAGUCCCCCUUCACAGAAUACCUCAGGGAUUCCCACACCUACAUACCCCUCCAAACCUGCCCCAGCAGACUCUUCAAGUAACCAAACAAUACAGUCGACAUCUUGUCCAUCCAAAGACUCUCCCAUUCAAAAGAGCCCUCAUGAGGUCAGGGCUAUGGGUGCUAUUCCCAACCCACCAAACUUACGAGAACCCCCAAAACUGUACCAGGCCUUCCCCAGGGACACUCUACCAUCUUGCCAACCAACAGGUACAAGUUCAGGCAAUCUCCACAAAAGUAUGCCCAGUGGUGGGCUAGGUAGUCUUGGCAGCAGUGCAAGUAGUUGCAGUGGGGAUUCAGAUAGUGCCCAGUUUGAAGAGGAACAAUCUGAGCUCUUUCCUGAUGGUUUGGCAAACAUCAUGAAGAUGUUGGAUGAGUCCAUUAAGAAAGAAGAGGAACUGUACUCUGGUCAAAGUGGCGCACAGACCUGCUCAAAGCCAACAUUUUCUGUCACUGUGACGCCCAUGAAGAGUUACCUGGGUGCCCCUGACCUCAUGCCUGCCCUGAAACAACCAUCCUCUGAAGAUUAUCUGACAGACACCCAUGCUAGCCCCCCUGUCCUGAGUCGUCAGGGAUCUUUGGCAUCACCUUGCAGUCGUACCUCUUCACUUGAGGAAGAGGAGGAGAUGCUAAAGAUCAUCCCGAAGCCAGCCAAUACUCAGCAUCAAGAUAGUGGUGUUAGCAUCACAGGAACCAACUAUCGCCAUAGUGACCUGGCCAAACUAUAUGGACUUCCAGAGGCAGUGAAGAGUGAAUGUGAGGAGGAUGAGGAAGAGGCAGAGCAAGAAGAUGAUACACCUUCCUGUUCCCCACCACCUAUGAGGCCACACCUGCAUCAGACCGGAGUGAACAGCAUGUUUAAAAAUUUAGCAUCUGUGCUGGAGAGCCAGAAGUAUGCCUACCGUGGAGGGCCAUUCGGUCGGCCACCCCCCUCUGCCCUGGUAGGAGUGAAAUACUCUUCCUCACUUUCAUUGGGCCCAGAUAUCUGCAGACAACAAAGCACUUCUCCCACAUCAGGAUCAGUUAGCCACCCAGGCUUUAGUAACCCAACCCAGGCCCCAACAAAUACUACCUCAGAACAGACCCAUCCUCAGUCACCAUCAGGAUGUGCCACAGAGAGAAAAGGAGGGCCUCUGUCGAGUCAGUCUGAUCUUUCUGGACCUGAGAGUGAGGAAGGGAUGAGGAAGGGGCCUACAGAUAAAGAAGGUACUGGUGAUGUCUCCAAAGAGGUAGAAGGGAGGCCCAAGCUCAUGACCAUCUCAGAAUCAUCACUUGCAGAGUUGGGUCGCAGCUGUGAGGUGAUGUUAAACCGACAUAAACUUCCUUCAAAAGCAUUAUUGGACCACAGUAAGCCUGAGACUCGGGAGAUGUACAAACCUGAGAAGGAGCGGAACCGUGAGAGAGAACGAGAGCGUGACCCAGAGAGGAAACACAAACACAGUAGCAAAAAGCAUGAGGACAGGAAAGAGAGAAAGAAAAAACACAGAGAAAGACGAGAAGAAAUGUCCUUCUCUUCUUCCUCCUCUUCAUCAUCAAGCUCCAGUCGGCGGCACAAAGAGGGCAAACCACACAAAGAGAAGAGGGGCAAUGUGGACCUUCAGAUUAAGGAAAUCCGGGAGAAAGACAGAGAACAAGAAGGAGAGAAAAAGAAAAGGAAAGAAGAAGGAAGUGAAAGAGAGGAAUGGGUGUCUUGGAACAAGGAGAAGAGUGGAAGUUCAUCAGAUCGUUCAUCAUCUUCAUCUGCACUAGGUUCAACAGACUUUCAGAAGCUGAAGGCUUUGACAGAUGGGCCACCCAAAGAGUUGAAGAUUCGCCUGAUUAAGGUGGAGAGCGGAGACAGAGAAACUUUCAUUGCCUCAGAGGUAGAGGAGAAGAGGAUUCCACUGCAGGAGAUCAGCAUCAAGAACACAGCAAGUGAAAUCAUCAGAUCUUGCAAGGCAGCCCGUGUAAAAGGGAAGUUUAAAGAGUCCUAUCUACUCCCCUCCUUCUCUGUGAAACCAGUUUUGUCCAUGGAGCAUCCAAUCCCACGGGAGAAACUCAACCCUCCCACACCCAGCAUCUACCUGGAAAGCAAAAGAGAUGCCUUCUCUCCUGUGCUACUUCAGUUCUGCACAGACCCCAAGAACCCAAUUACUGUCAUUAGAGGACUGGCAGGCUCCCUGAGACUGAAUUUGGGUCUGUUCUCCACUAAAUCCCUAGUGGAAGCAAAUGCAGAUCAGGCAGUUGAGGUGAGAACUCAGGUGCAGCAGCCAGCUGAUGAGAACUGGGACCCCAGCGGCACCGGGCAAAUCUGGCCCUGUGAGAGCAGUCGUUCACACACCACCAUAGCCAAAUAUGCCCAGUACCAGGCCUCCAGCUUCCAGGAGAGCCUCCAGGAAGAGAAAGGCAGUGAUGUUGAUGACGACGAUGAUGACGAUGAGAAAAAGCCUGUCAAUAAUUCAGACAGCGCAAACAGCAACUCCACGAAUUCAGGCUCCAGGUAUUUUAAACUAAUAUCUGUGCAUAAAAAUUAUCUUGAAAAGAUUUUUAUAUCUGUUGAUAUACCUGUUUUAUUUAACGCAUCUUUGAUACACCACUUCUAUACUUCUUGUACCCCUAUCAGCCCAGAACAGAAAUCAGUGGGAAAAAUCAUCAAAUUCGGCACUAACAUCGACCUCUCUGAUCCAAAGAGGUGGAAGCCUCAGCUGCAGGAGCUGCAGAAGUUGCCUGCGUUCAUGCGUGUGUCCUCCAGUGGUAAUAUGCUGAGUCAUGUUGGACACACCAUCCUAGGCAUGAACACCGUACAGCUCUACAUGAAAGUCCCCGGCAGUCGCACACCAGGCCACCAGGAGAACAAUAAUUUCUGCUCUGUGAACAUUAACAUUGGCCCUGGAGACUGUGAGUGGUUUGCUGUCCAUGAUAACUACUGGAAGGCCAUCAGCGAUUUCUGUGAGAAGCACGGUGUGGACUAUUUGACUGGCUCUUGGUGGCCAGUGCUGGAGGAUCUCUACCGCUCCAAUAUCCCUGUAUACCGCUUCAUCCAGAGACCUGGGGACUUGGUGUGGAUCAAUGCAGGCACAGUGCACUGGGUCCAGGCUGUGGGCUGGUGCAAUAACAUUGCAUGGAAUGUGGGACCACUUAAUGCGUACCAAUACCAGUUGGCCCUGGAAAGGUUUGAGUGGAACGAAGUGAACAAAGUGAAGUCCAUCGUGCCCAUGAUCCAUGUGUCCUGGAAUGUGGCCCGUACAGUCAAAAUUACUGACCCUGAUACUUAUAAGAUGAUCAAACACUGUCUCUUGCAGUCCUUGAAGCACAUUCAGAUCCUGAGAGACCAACUGGUAGCUGCAGGGAAAAAGAUUUCUUACCAGAGCAGAGUAAAGGACGAACCAGCCUACUACUGCAACGAGUGUGAUGUGGAGGUUUUUAAUCUGCUGUUUGUGACGAGUGAGAAUGGCAGUAAGAAGAUGUACGUGGUGCAUUGUGAGGACUGUGCCAGGCAGCGCAGCCCCAACCUCUCUAAUGUAGUGGUGCUAGAACAAUACCGCACAGAGGACCUGAUGAACACUUACGACUCCUUCAGCUUGGCCUCGGCCCCUAGCUCUCGGUGAAAUCAACUCUGCCACUCCCCCCACCCCCCACAGCCAUAACCAAAACUCCUGCUUGCCAGGACAAGUUAUUUUAGUGAGAACCUUUUGUCUUUUAUUUUUCCUACAUUUACAUUUUUACAGUACUACUACUGCUAAUGCUUGUUGAACCGCCAAUCGUAAACCAGUUUACUCAGCAUUGUUUACAAUACCAAUCAGCCAAUAAGACUCCAGUUUACUGUCAGCAGCCCAACCUACCAACCUCGGAUUGGCCCUGAGGGACUUAAAAUGGAAUGAAGUUUGUGCUGCCACAGUAAUGCUGGCAUAAUUUACGAUAAAAGUGGUAUCUCUGUAUUUGUUGCUUAUUGGUUCUGGUUUUCAUUUUUGUUCUUUUGGGUCGUUCUCUUUCUGUCUUGAAUACUGAAAAGUGUAAAUGCUGUUUGUAUUUUUUGUGGGUGCUGUUUUUUUUUUUUCCUAAUUUAUUUUCAAAACUAGAACAGCCUAGAUAUAUACCACAUUGGCCUUGUGACUUGUAUUUAGUGAAGAAAUAAAGAAAUAAAUAAUACUAAUAAUAGAUAUAUAAACAUUUUUCUAAGGCAUUAAGAAUAAAAAAUAACAUUUGUUUGGUAUGGUUCAAAACAUACGGGUUUAAAAUACUUUUUCAGUUUUAGAUACUGUGUCUAAAAAUAUUGUGUAUAAUAUCAUGAUUUUAUUUCCUUGAAGAGAGAACUCCAUCGUCAUGACAAAAGCAUUUUAAGAUUGCAUCGGGGUUUUUUUCCAUUUAUUUUCCUGAUUUUUGUGAGAUUACAGUUUGUCAUCUGUUUAGUGAAUCGUUUUACCUCUCAUUCUUGCUUAAUAUACAGAUUUAUUCUCUUGAUAUUUUUUUUCCAAUUGUACAUUUUAUUUAAUUUCUUUCUUCUAUUUAUUGGAUAUAAAAUGUCCCUUUCCCCCUUUUUUAGGGUUAUCAGAGAUGUCUAAGGUUUUCUAUUUUCUAGUUGAUCUAUAAGUUUUUAAGGAGAGAUUCAGAGGUGCUUAGUCCCUUAAACGCUUCUCAUGAUCUAUAUAUAUAAAUAUAUAUAAAGAACAUUAAUUCUUUAAUGACUAUAACUUCACUUUCCUGUAGAUUGUAGAACACAGAACAGAUGUAGUUUGUAAAAGCCGUAAAAGCUUUCUUUUGUAAACGAGAGCAAAAAGCCACUUUUUCACUGACAUUAGCAGCAAAAAUGAAAUGCAAAUGACACACUGCUGCGCAUUAUGGCCCCUAACUCACCCUGAUGGUUACUGUACCUCGUAUUGUGGGAACAAUGCGAAUAAAUACAGAGCUGUUUUUAAAGUAUCUACACAUUUAAUGGUGCUUGAAUUUGUUUUAAGUGUUGUCUAUGGGAGAACACAGCUGCAGUGCCAACCAAGGCAUAAAUCUCUGGUUGUACAAAAUAUUACUGCAGUUGGUUGUCACAGACCAAUAAAUGAGGUUUUGGGGUUUUUUGUUUGUUUGUUUGUUUGUUUGUUUGUUUGAAAGAAAAUCACAUCAAACUGUAAAUACUGUGGCAUUUUACUGGAAUGAGGUUAAGUGUGAAUCGAAUUAUCCAUUCGAUUGAUAAACUGUAAUUUCUUUUUUAAUUUUAGUCUUAAGCUUGAAUCAGUUAUUUCACAUAUGAAAACAUUGGUUACGAUUAUGAUAUAGAAGGUGCUGAGUUCUCUUUGAACUACUUUCUUUUUUGUUUCGAAAGAAAAAAAUCUAUUUUUCCUGUUGCAAUAUAAUCCUCUCUUCUUUUUGUGGUCAUUUAUUUAAAAUCUGCACUGUUUUAGAGAGUUCACACAGAAAGCAAACUGAGCCAGACAUGUCUUAAACACUUUGUGAAUUUGUGUGACAUUACUAUGAUUAUUAAUAUUAAAUGCUUUUGAUAAAC